AUGAUUGAUGCGAAGGUUGCAUGUCGAAAACUUGGUUUUACCAAAACUGUAGGAUAUUGGCACUAUGGACGAGGGACGGGUAAGAUAUGGCUGUACAACAUAGGAUGUUCGAGCUCAGAGUCCUCACUUGGAAGCUGCACUCACAAUGGAUGGGGAAGCGUUCACUCUGAUUGCAAUACUCACAAAUAUGAUGCUGGUGUUGUGUGCUCUGGAUAUCAAGUUCGUCUGCGUGGUGGUAUCAAUAAAGGUGAAGGGAGAAUUGAAGUUUUGUAUGGCGGCACCUGGGGCACCAUUUGUAACAAUGGCUUUGGUAUUGAUGAAGCCAACGUYGUUUGUAGAAUGCUUGGWUAUARSCRAGCUGUAACMGAMAAGAGUUWKGCAAAAUCRUCAYAUACAGCGUGGUUAAAAGAUCUUUCAUGUGUGGGUAGUGAAAAUACAAUCGAAAACUGUACACAUUCUAGUUUUGCAACCCAAAGUUGUGCAAACAACAGAAUUGCUGGUGUUGUUUGUAUUCUUACCAACGAUACAGUUAGCAACAUUAGCGCACAUUUAGGGCCACAAAACAGAGUAGAAAUCGGUUACUAUGGCAUUAACAAGUCCAUUUGCUCCGAUGGCUUUGAUACGAAAGAUGCAAGAGUAAUAUGUAGAAUGAACGGAUAUGGAGAUGUAGAUCAAAUCACUUUUAUUGACAGUCGAACUCUAGACGCAAACUCAAAACAAGUUUGGAUCUUAAACAUGACAUGCAAAGGAGACGAGAAGACCAUAGCAGGUUGUAAUAUCAUUUGGAACUGGAAAGGUCUGCCUUGCCCAAGUGUCAAUUAUGCUGGUGUAACUUGUAAACCAGUAAUAACCGAUAUUGCUUUGCGACUUGUUGGUGGACCUCGUAAUAACAGUGGUCGUCUUGAAAUAAAAGUAAAGGGACAAUGGGGCACAGUUUGUGACAAGGGCUGGGAUAUCAAUGCUUCUGAUGUCGCUUGUAGAGUGCUUGGAUUUGCAAGAGCCCUGAAAUUCCAAAAGUUUCAACCGGGAAACACAUCACAACCUAUUUGGCUUCAAAACAUAUCAUGCGUUGGCUGCGAAAGGUCUCUUGACGAUUGCCAUCAUCCUGCAUGGGGUUCAAAAUCUACCUGCGAUCACAGUAAUGACAUUGGACUAGUUUGUCUCCCAGCAGGCCCACCAAACCCCUCCGCUAAAGUGAUGAAAGAUGGAAGAAUAGAGAUUAGUUACUAUGGUGUUAACAGAUCCAUUUGCUACGAUGGCCUUGAUACGAAAGAUGCACGAGUAAUAUGUAGAAUGAAUGGAUAUUACGAUGUUGCGUACAUUACCCAAAUCCCUAGCCAAGCUGGGAAUCCAAGGACAGAAGAAGUAUGGCUAUUAGACAUGGCUUGCAAAGGAGACGAGAAUUCCAUCAAAGAAUGCAGUAAUUCCUGGAACUGGGAAAACAAGAAUUGCGCAAAAAAUAACAACCUUCGUGCUGGAAUCGUGUGCAAGACAAAUCGUUCGCUAGAUGUUGAGUUCCGUCUUGAGGAUGUGACCACCCCAGCUCCAUAUUCUGGCCGCCUGACCGUGAAUUAUUAUAAAAUCUGGGGAAAUAUAUGUGCUAAGGAUUUAAAGUUAGAAGACGCACAUGUCAUCUGCAGAAUGCUAAACUUUACCGGAGCAGUGACUAUUUCUCAUUGGGGUAAACACACUGGUAACGUAAGUUUCGAGCUUGUCAAUCACUGCAAAGGAACAGAAGUAUCCAUGAAAAAUUGCACAGGGUUAAAGCUAGAACAGGUUAACACAUGUGAAGAAGGCAAUUACGCAGGGGUUGUUUGCACUCCAAAAAUUAUAGUCACACCAACACCGUUACCUCAAAACGUACGUCUAAGCGGUGGUGCAGACAAUGCAAGAGGCCGAGUUGAAGUUCAAAGACACAACAUUUGGGGAUCAGUUUGCAAUUCGGGAUGGGACAUGCGUGCAGCUAAUGUAGUAUGUCGCAUGAAAGGUUUUGAUAGCGCAAUGACAGCAUAUAAAUCAUAUGGCGAAGGAACUGGUCCAAUAUGGAUGUCUGGGGUUCAAUGCAAAGGAAGUGAAAACAAUAUUGAGAAAUGCACUAGUGAUGGGCAGGAAAAGACAACUUCAUGUAAUCAUAGCAUGGAUGCUGGAGUGGUCUGCCGUCGUUAUAAAGAUAAUAUAACAGUCGAUCUGGAAAAUCAAGUAUCAAAGUAUGAUGGCAGAGUGACUCUAAAGGUAAACGGCAGUGCAGGAUCAAUUUGUGGUAAUGGGUGGAACAAAAACGAUGCAGAUGUCGCUUGUCAAAUGAAAGGAUUUAAACAAGCUUUAGUACCUAUCAGCCAUUUUGGAGGAGGACAAGCCAAAAUCUGGUUAUCAAACGUAAGCUGCAGCAAUAGCGACAAAUCACUAGAAGAGUGUAAUCAUGAUGGAUGGGUAAACAACUCAUGUCCUAAAAAUCACCAUGCAGGAGUGAUAUGUGAACGGCCUGGAGUCAAYGACCCAAAUUUUGGUAUGAGAUUGGUUAAAGUUCCAGGAACAAAUCUAAGUAAAGUGGAAGUCCAGUACUAUGGUGUUUGGGGAGCUGUGUCUGCUAACAACUGGAAUCUGGCUGACGCUCAUGUUGCGUGCUGGAGCAACAACUCAGGAAAAGCAUCAACAGCAGGAAGUCUUAUGAAUGAUGAAAAACUUCCCAUUUUGAUAGAUAAUCUUGAUUGCCGUGGAAGCGAGAAUUCAAUAGAAGAUUGUGGUUUUGAAUGGGGUAUCUCUGRUGCUAAACAAUCCAMAGUAGCUGCAGUUGGAUGCACCAAAGUUACAMYUGGUAAAUACAAAUAUCGAYAGAGUAUUGAUUGCAUGUCCUUUAAUGUAUAUUGAUAYAAUCUUUCUUAUAUUCAUUUACAAACAGGCGAUCAAAACUCAAUGACACCGCAAAUAGGAUCUGGACAGAAUACAGAACUUGGACAAGUGGUAAUACGAUACAAAACUAAAGACUAUGCUGUUUGUGGUGAUAACAGUUGGGACAUAAAAGAUGCCGAUGUGGUCUGCAGAAUGAAAAAUUAUAUGAACGGAGCAAUGGCAGCGAUUAGAAAAUACACAAUUGAUACAAAGAAGCCAUUCCUUUCUGGAUUUGAAUGUCGUGGCACUGAAACUGGAUUAGGCGAGUGUUUCCGUGUUCAAUCUUCGACUUGUUCAGGAAACUUCAUAGCAGGAGUUAUGUGUAAACCAAAUAAAGGUUUACCGCCACAAAUGAAACUGCGGUUAGCAGAUAAUGGACGUGUAGAGGUAUCGUAUGGUAAUAAAUGGGGAACAAUAUGCAAUGACGGUAACAGCCAGCAAAAUGCUCGGGUUAUAUGUCGCAUGCUCGGGUUUGUCGAUUUUGAUGUGUAUGGUAAAACGUCCAAAACAAGUGGUCUUAUCUCUUGGCUUGGAAACAUGCAAUGCAAAGGAACUGAAAAAUCCAUUGAAGAAUGCAAACCAAGAUGGGGAGAAGCAGCUUGUAAUGAUGACGACAUGCUAAGAGUCACUUGCAAGAUAGCUGAUGCUCCUCACUUCCAAAUCCUUGGGAACGAUGCUAUUACUGACUCAACUGUCAAAAUCCACUUUCAGGACGCUCGAUCCAUUUCAGGCUUAAAAGCCAUCUAUCAAAUUGCUGUUGAAAGGAGGCCAUAUGAGGAGCGUCUCCAAUCCUUUAAUACUCAACAAAAGCGCUUCGAAUUUAAGAUAGUAAAUUACACCACAAGUGCUAACCUCAAAAGCGACUCUUACAUUACCGCUGAAAUAGAAAGUUCAUAUCUACCCAAGAACAACUUUACCAUUGGUGACCUCAGUUUCACCCAAGGAAAUGAUGGGUUUACUAAUGAGCCGCUUCAACCAGAGACACCAUACAGAGUGUACGUAAGGAUCGCAACKGACUCUUAUGAUAAGAAAACAAGGAUUUUUGGUGAUUAUUCUUACGUGGCCUUCAAAACAAACAAAGUCUUUGCUAAAGGUCGAGCUGAAAAACUGACCAGUUCGAGAGGUGGCGAAGCAGUGAUAGGAAUGUCCAUUGUKAUAAUAAUGUUGAUUGCUGUUAUCAUCUGUGCCUCUGUCUGGUUCAUAAGAAAACAAAGGAAUGAGGAAAUGGACGCUUCUGAUAAAAGUCAAGGACUUGAGAUGACAGACAAUGGUGACAUGCGUACAGUUAAUGAUAUACCAGAAGGCUACUACCAGGCACCGCUACGUGAAGAGCGUAACGAAUACGUCACUUCUCCAGAAAAGGAUAAUAAAGCUGCCUAUCAGUCUUUGGUAACUCGUACAAGG